UGUCAAAAGAAACCGAAUUGUGCGCGCAGCGCUAUCUAGUUGUUAAAAUUAACAAAUAAUAAUGUAAUAAUAUUGUAAAAAUAUAUAUACUAAAUCGGUCUAAUGGAAUUUAUAGAGCUUAUCCUUAUAAAUAAGUUAGACGGAGUGAUAUUACGAUAUCCUCAUCAUGAUAACGUAGAUGGAACAGUGUGUAUAACUGGUCACCACCUCAUAUUAAGUUCGCGAAAAGAAGGUGUUCGCGAACUAUGGCUAUUGCACAGGAACAUAGACAGUAUCGAAAAAAAGGAGAACAAAUUGAGUGGUGGAGUCGUACAAGGUGGUUUUCUGUAUUUAAAAUGCAAAGAUUUGAGAAUAUUUCAACUGGAUAUCAAUAACACGACAGAAUUAUCCUUGCUAGCUCAGACAUUGGAAAACUUGUCAAGUAUACAGGACCCUACCCUUUUCUAUCCCUUCUUUUACAGGCAUAUGCAUCCCAUAAUGGAAAAUGGUUAUACCCUUUACAGUAUUGAAGGAGAAUUCACAAAAGUGAUUGCCACAGAGGAAUGGCGUAUAUCGAGAGUGAAUCAAAAUUAUACAGUCUGUCAAAGUUAUCCGAAAGCUGUGGUUGUACCAAAGUGUAUAGAUGAUGAGACCCUGGCCGCGGCAGCAACAUUCAGACAGGGCGGCCGCUUCCCUGUGCUCUCGUAUAGACAUAACAAUGGUGCUGUUCUUCUUCGAGCUGGUCAGCCUCUAUACGGUCCAAAACACCGCAGGUGUCGUCCGGAUGAGCAAAUAUUAAAUUCAAUAGUUAAUGUUGGCAUGAAGGGUGUCAUAUAUGAUCUCAGAAGCUCCAAUAUGAUCUCGCAACAGCAAAAUAAAGGCGGAGGCAGCGAGAGUCCAUCAAACUAUUCUCAAUGGAAAAUAUACAACAGACCGAUGGAUGAAGUCGACAAUCAACAACCGCUGCUGGAGAGCUUCUCAAAACUGAUUGAAACCUGUAUAGAUCGUGAGAUAUCGUGUGACAAAUGGCUGUCUCGUCUGGAGUCCUGCGGGUGGCCGGAGUCGGUCAGGAACUCUCUGCACACAGCUUGUAUCAUCGCACAACAUAUUCACCAGAGAUCCGAGCCAGUUUUGGUGCAUGGUACCAGAGGUGAAGACGCUACCUUACUCGUCUGUUCCUUAGUACAAAUCAUCCUCAAUCCAGACAGUCGGACUAUCAGAGGACUGCAGGCCUUAAUCGACCGUGAAUGGCUGCAAGGCGGCCAUCCCUUCCAGAGCCGUGUCACUUCCGGUCCGUACUCGUCCCGCCCCCGCGCGGCGCCCACUUUCACCCUCUUCCUGGACUGCGUGCGGCAGUUCCUGGAGCAGUUCCCGUGCAGCUUCGAGUACCGACAGUGCUUCCUCAUAACGCUGUUCGAGCACGCCUACGCCAGUCAGUUUGGAUCGUUCUUAUGCGAUAGUGACCGCGAGCGGUCCGCACUGGGCGUUUACGACCAAACGACCAGCUUGUGGUCGUGGAUGAACCAGCCUGAAGAGCUGGCCGUGUACAUCAACCCCUUGUAUGACCCCACGCAUGACGUCAUCUGGCCGUCGGUGGCACCCAUGAGCUAUGUUAUAUGGGAAGAGCUCUAUUUACGCUGGUUGGUGAAACAACGUACAGAGGAAAAGGAGGAACUGUACAGAGUAAUUCGAACUAGAGAGCAAGCGUUAAGGGCUCAGGCGCAACAAUUACGGCGAGAACUGAAUGACCUCGCGCAGCAGUAUUACGCUCAAGAUAAGUGAGGUCAAGUUUUACUGGUUUCGAUAUCUUUUGCCAUAUAUGUUGUGCUUUGUCACUUGUUAAUCAUUUGAUGGAUAUAUUGAAAGGGUUUUCGUUUAUAUGUUUCGUAUAGGAAACACACAGAGAUGAAAUAUAUUUAAAUACUUUGUUUAUAAAAUCCGGAAACAAUAUUAUGCAUACUUUUGUUAAAAAAAAUAAUCAAAUACCUCAUACUUUUGUGUUCAGAAAUCCGUUUAACAAUAUAUCCUACUUUAUAUAUGUAUAUAAUUAACAAUAAUUUUGUUGUCUAUGAUAUUUAUUUCUUAUACAAUAAAAAACUUAAUACAUUUUGAUAAUAAAAGAACACAAUAAAUGUAUAAGACUGAUCCAUUUCUUACUCCGAUCAUGUAAAUCUAACAAAUAAUAUUAUCUUGUAACUAAGUGUGUGCGGAAUUAUGGGGAAAUAUGGUCAUGAAAGAGAAUAAAUUUAUAUCCACUGAUGUCGUAAUUUUAAUGAACACAAAUAAACAUGGCAUAAGGAAUAAUCUUAUUGUUAUAUAAAAUAAUAUAUAUACAAAUAUAAUUAUGUUUCUGUAUUACAAAUAAAAAAAAUUCUUCAUAAAAUUUAACAGUUUAACAGUUAAAAUUCAGUGUAAAAUCAAUUCUCGUCAACUCUUGCAUAUAUAUUCAGAGUCAAAAUUCUUUACAAAAAAUUAUAAUAGCAUUUUAGGCUAUGUUUGCACUCAUUGCGCUUCAGAAAAAUAUGUUUAGUCAAAUAAAAUCUUGUAACAUUUGAAGAAAAAUAAAUUUUAUUGUAUAUAUUUUAUUUUCCCAACGAAAAUCAUGUAAAAUGACUAAAUAAAUGGAUCUUUGUGUAAUUUCAAUAUUGUAAGGUCUCUGGAAAUAUUUUACCCAUAUAAAUAUUAAUUCUCAUACAAUGGUUGAAAUGAGGAUAAUUAAAGCUUUUUUCUAUGAGAUUUUUUUUAUAAAUAAUAUUCGUACUAUAUCUCAUUUGUUAUGUUAAGACUUUAAUGUUAAGAAGAAUAAAUAUUGAUAUCAGUACUUAAUUAUUUCUCUUUAUUCUUAAAUGAUCUACAUUCCACAGUCAUUAAUAUAGAAUAAAGAGUUUUUAUGAAUUUAGUAUCAAUAACUAAGUAUAUUAUAUAUUAAUUUUAAUCAUUGUCGUAUCAUCUCUUGUGAUUUUUAUGGUGAUCAUUUUAACCGAUUUAAACUAUUUUAAUACCAUGACUUAUGCUGUAUUAGAUUAUAAGGCUUAUUUAUAUUAUUUAGCUUAAUUUUAUCUUGACAGAUGUAUAUUUAAUCUGUAUUUUACUAUUAAGAAGUUAUGUAAGUACUGUGGCCUAAAAAGAAAAUUAUAACAGGCUGAUAAUUUGCUCUCAUAGUCUUAUUAUGUUUAAUUUUUAUUUUUUUUAUCAUUAAAGCCAAGCUUUCUAAUAUAUCAGUUUAAAAUGUCAAUUUAAGAUACUGAAUUUAUUUGUCAAUUAAACAUUUGCAUUUGAAA